UCAUUCAGCGGGGCUGGGGUGCACUAUGGCGCUGCGGGGCAUCUGGGUUUUGGAACUGGCCGGCCUGGCCCCAGGCCCCUUUUGCGGCAUGAUCUUGGCGGACUUCGGGGCGCGGGUGGUGCGCGUAGACCGGCCCGGCUCCAGCGGCGACGUGAGCCACUUGUCGCGGGGCAAGCGCUCCCUGGUGCUGGACCUGAAGCGGCCGGAGGGAGUGGCCGUGCUGCGGCGCAUGUGCACGCGGGCGGACGUGGUGCUGGAGCCCUUCCGCUGUGGUGUCAUGGAGAAACUCCAGCUCGGUCCAGAGAUUCUGCAGCAGGAGAAUCCGAGGCUUAUCUAUGCCAGGUUGAGUGGAUUUGGCCAUUCUGGCAGCUUCUCCAAGUUAGCUGGCCAUGAUAUCAACUAUUUGGCUUUGUCAGGUGUUCUAUCAAAAAUUGGCAGAAGUGGUGAGAAUCCAUAUGCCCCGCUGAAUCUCCUGGCUGACUUUGGUGGUGGUGGCCUCACAUGUGCCUUGGGCAUUAUGCUGGCACUCUUUGAACGUACACGCUCUGGCAAGGGUCAGGUCAUUGAUGCAAAUAUGGUGGAAGGAACAGCAUAUCUAAGUUCUUUUCUGUGGAAAAGCCAAAAAUUGAAUCUGUGGGAAGGAGCUCGAGGACAGAACCUGUUGGAUGGUGGAGCACCUUUCUACACAACUUACAAGACAGCGGAUGGGGAGUUCAUGGCUGUUGGAGCACUAGAACCCCAGUUCUAUUCACAGCUUAUCAGAGGACUUGGACUAAAGUCUGAUGAACUUCCUGAUCAGAUGAACAAGGCUGACUGGCCAGAAAUGAAGAAGAAGUUUGCAGAUGCAUUUGCAAAGAAGACGAAGGCAGAGUGGUGUAAAAUCUUUGACAGCGUAGAUGCUUGUGUGACUCCGGUUCUAACUUUGCAAGAGGUUGACCGUCAUUGUCAUAACAAAGAACGGGGCUCAUUUAUUACUGAUGAGGAGCAGGGUGUAAGUCCCCGCCCUGCACCUCUGCUGUCGAACACUCCGGCCACCCCUUCUUCCAAAAGAGAUCCUUUUAUAGGAGAACACACUGAGGAGAUACUUAAAGAAUUUGGAUUCAACCAGAAAGAGAUUGAUCAGCUUAAGUCAGAUAAAAUAAUUGAAAGCAAUAAACUAACAGCUCAACUUUAACUUCCAGGCCCACAGCUCAAGUGAAUUUGAAUAUUGCAUUUAUGGUGUAGAAUAAUACAUAAAAUUGUAUGCAUUGAAACAUGGAAGAGCAGUGUUGUGGUGAUCCAACUAUUCUAAUCAAGAGACAAUUAAAGACCUUGAUUACACAGUAUUACUGAAUUCUGAAAAUGGUUAUCAUCAGGGCUUUUGAUUUAGGAAUAUUUUGUGUACUUAUACUAAAUUGUGGUAGUUUUUCUGCUUUCCAAUUGAUGUAAUUUAUUUGUUGAUAUUAAGAUACUAAUAUAUUUUAAAUAAAUUAGUAUAACAUGUUUUUAUUAAAUAAAGCAUUCUUUUUCCCUCAAAUAUA